AUGGUUUCCGUACAAAGGGUGUUGAUUGUGCUGUGCGUCGUCCUGUGCCACCUGAUGAUCGCGUCAGCUCAAUUCGAAUUCAGUGACUUCCUGUCCAAUGUCGAACAACAGUCCGGCAACCGAGACCCUAGAGAAAACCGAGGUCCAGUUCUGUUCCCUGCCACACAACCCGGUUCCGAGACCAGCGGCGUGGUAGUAGGAGCUUCGGGAUUCGGAUUCGUACCCCCCGGCGGUAACAACAAACAACCACAAGGCCAAAACAUCUUCAGCUUCUGGUGA